AAAGGGAUUCGACGCCCAUUUCGAGUGAAAGACAGGAAAAUUUGGAUACGAUGUGCAGUUUCUUACUCCCGACUUCUUAGUAGCGAAGAUUCGAAGCUCCAAGAAGACAAAUCGUAUGAUUUCAAAAAGGCGAUUCAAGAGGUCAAGAAACCCAGCGAAGUAAAAGCUUAAAAAAUUAUAUUCCCUUCGCCUCGGCUGGUCGCGGAACAUUGUUUUGCGGCGCUGGGGCUAGGUUCCUCCAAAAAUAUGCAUUUACAAGGUAUCAAAACGGAGGAAUUGUUGAAACGGUUGGUUUGUCAUGGUACUGAAUUCUUUGAAAAUUUGAAAGACUUGAGUACAAACAAAAACAUCAUUGAGAAAGAGUCUAUCGCAGGAUUCACUGAUGCAGGUGAGAAGCUACUGAACGUGGGCGCUAUCAUUAGAAAACUAUAUGUCAAAAGAGUCGAAGAUGUUGCCAAGAUCUGCGUUGACAGAUAUCUCGCACCUGUUAUUGGACCUUGGGACGACAUCAUCAUGACAGAUGUUCGCAUUGUUACCAUGGUGAAUGUAGCGUCCGCAAAUUCGACUACUUUACGAGCCGUACUUACCUUAAAGAGUAAAUAG